AUGCUGGCUGCAGAGAAGCAGCAUCGACAGGUGUUUGAUUACUUACGGCAGAUCCAAACUCCUGAUUUCAUACAUGUGGAUAAAGACUUCAACAACAUCCUGCAUGUGGCUUGUACUGGCGGGGACGUGGCGAUUGUAAAGUAUCUUCUUUCAAGGAAAAUGGACAUCAAUAUCAGAGGGAACCGAAGCAGGACACCUCUUAUGUUUGCUGCAGAGAAUGGGCACAGGGAUGUAUUUGACUUACUGGUCAUGGGAGGGGCAGAUGUGUCACUUGAAGAUGAUGCUGGCAACACGAUCCUUCAUGUUGCCUGUGUUGCAGGACAUUUUGACAUGGUCAAGUAUAUCCUCUCACGGGACUAUAUCCAAAACUACAUAGAGACCAAAGGUGAGCAUGGUCAAACACCUGUGAUGUUGGCAGCCAAAGCUGGACACAAGUCAGUGUUUUAUCUCCUUGUGUGUAAAGGGGCAUCUCUUUCUUUAAGAGACUAUGAUGGUAAUAACAUCCUCCAGGUUGCUUGUAUUGGAGGACAUGUGAAAAUGGUGGAAUGUUUGCUCUCAAAUGACAUUGUCGACAUCAACGAGCUCAGACAAGAUGGGAAAUCAGCGUUGAUGCUGGCAAUCGAAUAUGGACACAAAGAGGUUAUUGGCUUGCUUCAGAGUUCAGGCGCGGAAUAG